AUGACGAAAACCCUUCCCACUGCAGAAACGACUGCAGUCCCCAAUUCCAGCGGUAUUACUGUGAUCAUUGUGGGACUCGGCAUAGCAGGACUUACGACAGCGGUUGAGUGCCACCGAAGGGGGCAUUCUGUUAUUGGGUUUGAAAAACGAGAAGAUCAUCACCAGUUGGGUGACCUGGUAGGUUUGGGUGCGAAUGGCAUGAAUGUGUUGUCCCGGUGGGACAAGUCGACGAGACCAGCUAUUGACGCUAUACGCGCCGCCAUCAGCUCCAUCGACUACUACGAUAGUGGCGGCGAGCUCAAAGGCAGCCUUCCAUAUUCUGGAGAUGACCAGCUCAACGUUCACGUGGUGCAGAGGUCGGGACUGAUUGAUCUGCUGUAUGGGAAGGCUAAAGAUCGCGGCAUUGAUCUUCGAUUUGGAGUCAGAGUCUGUGAUUACUGGGAGUCAGGGGGAAACGCAGGAAUCGUGUUGGAGAAUGGGCACAAAGUAGCUGCUGACUGCGUGAUUGCUGCUGAUGGGGUACAUAGCAAAGCUACAGGUAUCUUCACUGGAGAAGAUGCAGCCCCGUACUCGACAGGUGCUGCCAUAUAUCGAUCGCAUUUUGAUGCGCGCGAGAUUAGGGAUGACCCAGAGGCAAACUGGAUUCUUAACAGCACAGCUCAGGCAGACAACGUUAAUAUGUACUUCGGCAAGGAUACCACUCUUUUGGUGGGUACCGUCGGAAAGGGUAAAUAUGUGUCUUGGAAUAUGCCACACAAACAAGUCGAAGGACUUAGUAAUUCCUGGCUUCAGCCUGCAGACCCUCAGCGUGUCCUGGAAUUCGUUAAGGACUGGCCAAUAGGUCAGAAGCUUACUGCCAUCCUGUCAAAGACCCCGCCACAGCGCUGCUGGAAUCAUUCGAUUCUAGCACGGUAUCCGUUGUCGACCUGGGUCUCAAAGGGUGGUAGAAUGAUCGUGAUUGGCGAUGCGGCGCAUCCUAUGCACCCAAAUCUCGCUCAAGGAGCCAACCUGGCCAUUGAAGAUGCAGCGGUCGUUGCUAUUUGCCUGGAGCUCUGUGGAAGGGAAAACGUGCCUAUCGGUCUGCGGGUAAUGGAGAAACUACGGCAUAAGCGGGUUUCGGUGGUCCAGGCAGCUACGAUCAAGGCGAUGGAGAGGCAGUUCGAUGCAAACUGGGAUACUGAUCAAGUUCAAGGGAAACCAACCUAUAUCCCACGCCCAGCCUGGUUACUGCGACAUGACUGUGUGGUACACACAUACGACGAAUAUCAGAGCGCAGCAUUGGCUGUUGCGAAUGGAUCGGAAUAUAUUCCAACAAACGCCCCUCUUAACGGUGUUUACGACGACAUUCCGGAGCCUGCAUGA